UCGCCGUCCAGAGGGUGCACGAUGAGCUGGCUGGCAACUUUUGUUGUCCUUACCACGGUCAACCAGUUUUCGCUGAUUUCUUGCCAAGAGCGCCGGAAUGCACCUUGGGGCUUCUUGAGCUACCCCGGAGAAUCGAAUGCAACCAUCUUCGUCGUGAAAAUCAGGAAGCACACGGAAUGCGUGUUCCUCUACAAAUGGAGCAUCGACGAAUCGGUUGGGGUUGCCGUCGACGGCUCCACGUUCGCAGCAAACCUCAAGUUCAAGCGCAUUUGCAAUCAGAGUGAGACGAAAAUUGAGUACAGCGGAGUCGAGGGAAAACUCGCGAGCAUUUUCUACAGGAUACUCGAUGUCGGUGAAUUCUCGAGAGCCGUUCUGGAUGAUGUAUGCGUAAGACAGCGCACGUGUCGUUACGAGCGAAGCGCGAAAACGGAAGCUUCGAAAUUCGUAUUAUUGACUUCUCCCAUCGCUAGACAAGAAAUGACCGAUGAUCUAACAUUCACCCAUAGGCUCGAUCUCAGGAACGACACGAUGGCUCUCGUUGAUCUGGAUCCGAUCAGGAUCGACAUGCAAGACAAAGAUGUUUUGGAAAUCCACCGAUGCGACGAUUCGGAGAUUCUCUUCUCCGUCAAUACAACUUCACUGACCCGUCGCACAAUAUUCAAGCAUUUCGGCUCCGAUCUCUGCAUUACGUACAUUUCCCGGAGAGCUCCGGGGAUCUCAACUUUCGCGAUGCCAUGUCAACUUGUACAGCUCUUUCUACAGGAGGCUAAUUCUCGAGUUCUCUUCUUCAAUGUCAUGAGGAGAUCGGAGCCCACAGUGGAUCUUCUGAUUCUCGAAGGAAACUCACAGAUUCAAGAAGAUACCUCGAAAUAUUAUUGCGACCUACACCAGGUGGACAUUUCUGAGGGACGCAACGACCAUCUCCUGAUUUCCCGUUCCUCCGAUCUUCGGAGCGAUGUCAGCCUGCAGAUCAGCCGGACGGGAGGCGAGGCUUACUUCUUGGCGGAGAUCCACGCGGUGGACAUCUACGUAGCCGUGUUCCAGAACAUCGUCUGGGAAGGAAAACUGAGUGAUGAAAAGUCUUUGUCCACUCUGGUAGCGAGCAUCGGCUGCCAGCAGGAAGGCGAUGCCAAAGUCUCGCCCGAUGACAGAUAUAAUUACGGGGCUGUGUUCUGCGUCUACGUCAAAACCCGCGUCAUAGCGAACUCUGGUGGAAAAGCAGAGCGGAGUGAGUGGUCGGAGAUCAAGAAAACUCUGAGAGGCUACAUCUUUACCAUCGCCAACAACGAAUCUUUCGUGAACGAAACGGGAGUAGAAAUCAGAAGUGAAAACCAAAUCGAUAUCCCGGAGAACAAUCCGAUUGUUUACGCAGCGCGUGACUAUGCUCUGGUACGGCUCGUAUUCGUCAUCACCAAGGAAGAGAGCUACGCUCCGGAGUACAAUGAAUCGACUCAUUACAGAAUUCUCGAAGAGCUCAGACACCACAUCGGUAUCGACGAUGACUUUAGGCUCGCUCCUCACUGUCACGUGGAGAUAUCUCUGGAACGAAAUCUGAUAUUUUUCGGUCUCCUGGUGCUCAUUUGCACCAUCACCUUCGGUGCCAUAUGGAGAUUUCAACUGAAUAGCGACGUGCAACGUAAAGUCAUCGCGCAGAUAAACGAGCAGAAGCGCAGGAAGAGCAACGCGGAUUGGUGGGGGUCGGGUGAGUCGGAACUACCGGGAGAAAACUCGUCAACGAACACUCGGAGCGAAUACGUGAAUAAAGCCUUUGUUCCCGAAGCGGGACCGCACACCGAGCAGCAAAGCAUGCCGAACAAACUAGAUGGCACUUCUCUGGCGAUGAAGUCACGGAGGAAGAAGGAUUCCGGCUCGAAGAUACCCCUCAUCGUGAAUGGCGAACUGCCUCUAUCCGUUCCUGGCGGUCUCGGAGGCCAGAUGAGAAUGCGGAUGCAAGAGGAAAAUGAGAUCACAUCGCCGUUGUGAGCAAACCGUGACGAACAAGCACGAGCAAUCACAUACAUCUGAUGCGCUAUCGGUGCCAGACGGUCGAUCAUCCCCUGCCGGAUUCAAUCUCCUGGAAUCACCGCUCUUCUCGAUUCGGCAUAAAAUCCUAAAACGCCUUCCACCUCAUGGUGGGGUCAAUCUGUGCGCUCCUUUGACAAGAAAGAUUUCAUAGGAACUUCAU